AUGGCUACUUGCAAACCGAUGUCCACGCCUAUGGCAACAAAUGAAAAACUCCAGCAGUUAAAUGACUCGGAAAAAGUGGAUGUUUCUCUCUUUCGAAGUUUAGUGGGAUCUCUCAUCUAUUUAACUUACACGAGGCCAGACAUCGCUUUUGCAAUUAGUGUGGUGUCCAGGUACAUGAAUGAUCCAAGAAAAAAUCAUUUUGCAGCAGCAAAAAGAAUUCUGCGUUAUCUUCAAGAAACCAGGAAGCUCGGUGUUCUGUAUGGAAAAGAAAACGAUUGCAAUUUGGUUGGCUAUGUUGAUAGCGAUUGGGCUGGCUCGAUUGAUGAUAGAAAGAGUACCACAGGAUAUAUAUUUUGUCGUGGGAAAUCACCAAUAUCUUGGUGUUCAAGGAAGCAAAGAACAGUAGCACUAUCAUCUACCGAGGCCGAGUACUCUACUAUUACUGAAGCGGCUUGUGAAUGA